GCUGGGGCAAGUGCGCCCCCUGGCGGAUGCGCAUGCCGCUCCCGUGGCUCGCGGUGGCGGCGGUGUCGGGCAUCGUGCUCCGUGGCAACGCCGGGCUGGCCGCCCUCCUGCUGUGCCCUGCGGCCCUGGGCAAGCCGGGCAAGAUGGGGUGCUGGGGCUUCUCAGUGGUGAUCGGCGCUUUCCUGUUUUUCGUGCCGUGCCUGCUCGCGAUGAAGCGUCGCGCGGCGACGGCCCCCAGUCGCUUCUGGUCGUUCCGUUCCCGCCAGGGGCGCUGGCUUGGCGACGCGGGGGGCGGCGUGCGCACUCGGGCCGCUGGGCUUCCCGUCUCGGUCUACGCCCUCCGCCGCGGGGGCGCGUUGGGCGACCUGUUGGCCUGCCGCCGGCAAGGCUUCGACGUCCAGCAGCGGGGCGGGUGGGCCAGCGACGAGAACUUCAGGAGGUGCGCGAAUCAGGCUGGGAUCACCUCAGAGUUGCAGCGCGCGGGCCCCGCCGUCGCCGCCCGCGGGCAGGAGAGGGGCGCCCUGCUCGCGGGCAUCGUCCUCAACGAG